AUGAGGUUCGCAUCUAUACCGACCAGCCUCCUUUGCACCUCGUCUAGCCUUCUCUUCCUCUUGCUCACGCUUCCUUCCUUGAUCCGAUCCGCCGCAACCUCUUCGGACAAAGCAACGCACGAGGGCCUGCGCAAGCUCACAGCUGCCAACUUUACCCUCACGGACCAAGGUGCAUGGCUGAUCGAGUUUUUCUCCCCGAACUGUAUCCACUGCAAACGGUUCGGCGCUACGUGGUCCGAACUCUCUCAGAACAAAGACUAUCUUCGCACCCAGUACCCGCAAGCACCCUUCACGCUCGCUCAAGUCGAUUGUCUUGCGCAGUGGGAUCUGUGCAAAGAGCAAGGAGUCACUUUCUUGCCCAGAUUGACGAUCUAUCAGGAUGGAAAGCAGAAUGCGGACGAGUACAAGGGCGAUAGGAACUAUCCAGAGAUCUCGGCGUAUAUCGAUAGGUUUGCAAAGCAGUAUAGAGAGAGUAAAGGCGUCAAGGAUGUCGAGAUUGUUGCUGCCGCUGUGAAUAAGGUGCCGGUUGCGGAUGGGGUUGUGCAGGCUUCUGCUGCUAGUACCACUCGUGCUGCUCUUGAGGCCGUUGCAAGUGCUAACGCUACACCGGCGAGCGAAGCAGUCGGCAGCUCCAACACAACCACAACCACAACCACAACCACAACCACAACCGCAUCAUCAGCCUCUAUCACCACGGUAACCCCGAUGAUUGAGCAAGUUCUGCCCUCAGGCCCCAAUCCCAAAGGCGAACUCAUCAGUUACGGUCCCACCGGUCCGAUCAGCACCAAAGAACAACUCGCUUCUUGGCUCAGUAAGUCGUCGGGUCAAGGUCCUACUUUUGUCAAGUUCUUCGCUCCCUGGUGUCCACACUGCAAAGCUAUGGCCGCUGCCUUCAAAUCGCUCUCGCAAUCUCUCAAGGGUAGAGUCAACGCACUCGAAAUCGACUGCGAAGCCAACCAGGCGCUCUGCUCCAGCUACGACAUUGGCGGAUAUCCGGUCUUACGCCUCUACGUUCAGGGAAAUGCAAGAGAGUACAACGGAGGCCGCAGCCACGAUGCGAUGCUGAAAUGGGUUCUCGAAACAGUCUCCAGUUCCGGGUUGAAGCCUGUGGUGACGAGUACGGAGCUUGCAGGAUUGGCCAAGGAGAAUCAAGUCAUGUUUUUGUAUCUGCAUUCGCCCGGGACGCCAGCGGAGGAGAUUCAGGCGGUGGAAAGGGCGAGCGAGGUGUUGUUCGGCAGACAAGCACCCAUCUAUGUCUCGAGUGAAGCAGAGUUGUUGGCGAGGUAUGAGAGUUGGUUGGUGCAAGAUAAAGCUGUUUCAGUGCCGGCGGAAUCGGGUUUGUUGGUGUUUAAGCAAGAUUCGACUACUCAGCCUGUAGCUGUGUUGAAUCCGUCUACACUGCGAACGUCUGACGGUGCAGGUCAAGCAGUGUAUACGGAAGAAGCGAAAUCAUCCAUCGCCCGCUUCCUUUCACAAGAACAAUACGCAUCAGUAACCGAGCUGACCGCAGCCAACUUUGAACAAGUCGUACGAAAUCGGCAAGAGGCACUUGUCCUUCUAGCCGCUCUAUCCGACAUCCACCACGCAUCGCAGCAGGCGUCUACACCGGCGGAAGGGAUCGCCUUGAAAGAUUCCGAAAUCGCUGCAUUACGAUCCACCGCACUCGCUUGGAGGUCUCAACACGCCCUCAAUGCGCAAAGGCAGGUGAUCUUUGCUUGGAUCGAUGCAGAUCGGUGGAAGUCGCCGCUUAAGAAACUUUACGGAAUUGAUUCCCGGUUCGCGCCGAAAGCUGUGCUGGUCGAGGGGAAUAAGUUGCAGUAUUACGAGUUAGACGGAUUGGAGCAAGGAGUCAGUGGCGGGUACGGGCAGCAGUGGAUUAGUGAGAGCGUUUUUGCUAGUGUUGAGAAGGUGGUGAGGGGUCAAGGCUUGGCGAAAAGUUCGACAAGUUUCUUUCGCAAAUCCCUUAGCGCCGGGCAGAAUUAUAUGAAUACGUUGGUGCAUGGAUGUCUGCAACAUCCGCUGCUGGCCUUUGCCUUUGUGGCUACCGUGAUGAGUGUCUUGUUUUACUAUUUGGGCAAGACGAGAGGCGGAGGAGGGGCAAGGGAUGGCUUGCCCUUCUAUUCGAAGGUGUCAACUGUCAAGGCCGAUUGA